CCCUCCCACCCUCCCCCGGCCGGCGCGGCCCGCCCUGGCGAGUCAGUCCUCGGGUUCCCUCCCUCCCCGGGCGCGCUCGGGCCGCCGCUGCGCUCCCCGCCCUCCGGCCGCCUCGCCGGAGCCAGCCGCUGCCGGAGGAGGAGGUGGAGGAGCCGCAGGGGCCCGCCGAGGCGGCGGCGGCGGCGGCGGCAAGAUGGCGGACUUCCUGCCGUCGCGCUCCGUGCUGUCCGUGUGCUUCCCGGGCUGCGUGUUGACGAACGGCGAGGCCGAGCAGCAGCGCAAGUCCAAGGAGAUCGACAAAUGCCUGUCGCGGGAGAAGACCUACGUGAAGCGGCUGGUGAAGAUCCUGCUGCUGGGCGCGGGCGAGAGCGGCAAGUCCACCUUCCUGAAGCAGAUGCGGAUCAUCCACGGCCAGGACUUCGACCAGCGCGCGCGCGAGGAGUUCCGCCCCACCAUCUACAGCAACGUGAUCAAAGGUAUGAGGGUGCUGGUAGAUGCCCGAGAGAAGCUUCAUAUUCCCUGGGGAGAUAGCAAAAACCAGCUCCAUGGCGACAAGUUGAUGGCAUUUGAUACCCGUGCCCCCAUGGCUGCACAGGGGAUGGUGGAGACUCGAGUUUUUUUGCAGUAUCUUCCUGCUAUAAAAGCCUUGUGGGAUGACAGUGGUAUACAGAAUGCCUAUGACCGGCGUCGGGAAUUCCAACUGGGUGAGUCUGUGAAGUAUUUCCUGGAUAACUUGGAUAAACUUGGAGUACCAGAUUACAUUCCAUCACAGCAAGAUAUUCUGCUUGCCAGGAGACCCACCAAAGGCAUCCACGAGUACGACUUUGAAAUUAAAAAUGUUCCUUUUAAAAUGGUUGAUGUAGGCGGCCAGAGAUCAGAACGGAAACGUUGGUUUGAAUGUUUUGACAGUGUGACAUCAAUACUUUUCCUUGUGUCUUCAAGUGAAUUUGACCAGGUGCUUAUGGAGGAUCGCCUGACCAAUCGCCUUACAGAAUCUCUGAACAUAUUUGAGACAAUUGUCAAUAACCGGGUUUUCAGCAAUGUCUCCAUAAUCCUCUUCUUAAACAAGACAGACUUGCUUGAAGAGAAAGUGCAAGUUGUGAGCAUCAAAGACUAUUUCCUAGAAUUUGAAGGGGACCCACACUGCUUAAGAGACGUCCAAAAGUUUCUGGUGGAAUGCUUCAGGGGCAAACGCCGGGACCAGCAGCAGAGGCCGCUGUACCACCACUUUACCACCGCCAUCAACACGGAGAACAUCCGCCUCGUGUUCCGCGACGUGAAGGACACGAUCCUCCAUGACAACCUCAAGCAGCUCAUGCUCCAGUGAUGAUAAGACUUACUGUUUUAAUGCCUUGUUGUGGUUUUGAUUGUCUUAUGUUUGUCUUGUUUUUUUUUUCUUGUUUUUUUUGUUUGUUUGUUUGUUUUAAUAGUUUACAACAGCAGUUAGAAAGAUCUCAAUUCUGUGUCUAACUUCUUGAAAAUCAUAGUCCUUCUGUGGCCUUUAGUCUGUGGCUGAAAGCUGCUGAAUUAACACAUUGCCAAUAUCUGCUGGAAUUCGGGCUUUGAUCGGUUUCACCAUGGCUUCCAUUCAAGUCCAGUUGUGACUUCCUGACCCAGCCUCACGCUAGGUGUAUUUCAGGCUUUUAAUUCUUCUGCUUGCGAACUGAAUUCUCCUGCAGUGCCAAGAAUAGGCAGUAUCCUUAACUACUUGUAGGGACGAGAUUAGGAGUGUUCAGCUCUAAGAUGAGACCCAAGAGAGAGUGCCUUACACAGCAGUGGCAUGCCUAGUUAGAGUGAGACCCUGUUCUGAAAGGGCUGUUAGAGAAAGUUCAGUCUAAGAAACGGCAGUCUAGAUCUUCAGAGGCUUAGCCUUCCUGUGUUUGGAAUUGCUUACAUACAGCAGUAGUUUUCUUCUCCAUUUCUUUUGUUCCUGAAGGUAAUGUCUUAGUGUUUAAGUUUACAGUAUGGAUUUCGGCCUGAUGCUGAUGCAUUCACAAAUGGUACAUGCACUAUGUUGAUCUAAAAUGACCAGUGACUACGUGCAUUUUGCCUUUUCCAUAUUUAAGUAUCAGUAACUUGAUGUGCCAUGUUAGAAACAUUGUGGCCAUAGCAACAACUAGAAAGGGCAAGCACCUUGGUAACAAGAAUCAGCAUAGCUGUCCCAGAGUGCCGCCUUGUGACUUUUUAGUCCUCUCUUAAGUUGGUUUCGUGCCUUGCUGGAGGGAAUCACUGUUGGAUCUUCUUUCUUCUGCCCUCCUGUCUCAAUCUCAGCAACUCUGAACUGUGACAUUUGGGGGUUCUUUUGUCACCAAGAGCUUGGCGGGCAGUAUUUUCCUAUGAAAUAUUCAAGAAGGUAUCAUUUGAGUAGCCCAUUCAUGCUUUGUGUCCCUGUAGACACAGUUUGUGUGUAUCGGUGCUGUUGUUGUGUAUGAGAUGACAGCAUUAUUGGGGGUACAUGUGAAUGUUUUAAGAAUGCAGCUAAGGAUAAGCAAUUCUUUUGGUCCAUACUUAAGGAGGCUUGCCUUUCUUACACACACACACACAAACACAACACUGCUAAGUUAAACCAUGCCGAUAAAGUAGCUUUGUGAUUAGCUAUUCCAUAGUGACUGGUGUACUAAAACGUUUGUCAUGUUCCAGCUGGCCUGUGAGAGUUUGCAAAAGCACAUCCCUGCUGUCCUUGGAGAAUGCAUGAGGACUGUGGUGCCUGUCAUUUUGCUGUGUGACUCUUCUCAGGCAAGAAAUUGGGCCCUGAAAGAUUGGUCAACUUUGUGGCUCACGGGCAGGGCAGUCCUUAUUAUUACUGGCGGGUGUGAGAACUGGGCCUCUUAGUAUGCUAAAAAGGGGUGUGCUCUUGAUAGACCUGACUCGUUCUUGGUUUUUGAACUUUUGCUGUCUUUUUGUUUAUAAAUUCCAAAUGUUUUCUUGCCUUGGUAAUACAUGAGCUUAAGACAUGUAGUCCAGUAUCACAGUACAAGUGUUGUUAGCAUAAUUUAUGUAUAUUUGAAUGAUUCUCCGUCUAGUCCUUUUUGCCAAAAAGAGUGUAUCAUCUAAAUUCAUGGGGUUAGCAUAACUCCAGUGCUGAGGAACAUUUGAACAUGUGCACAGCAACACUGGGUUUGUUCUGUGUUAAUUUAGCAAACAUUUUUGUGCAUUGGCCAGAAGUAACUGCAGUAAAGGCAAAAGUCAGUCCCUCCAGAAAGCAGUUGUAUCCAGUUACACUUAAGCUCUGUGGUGAGAACAGAAAUAGGACCUGGCUGGAUAGAAGCACUGACUUUCUCCAUUGUGACUAUCACCAGGAAGUGACAGGAGCACCAGCCAGACACAGCAUCCCGGGCAUCUGCACUUCCUUCUGAGGCAUGCAGAGUCUCAGAGCCACAAGCAGUGUAGGUACGUGCUGAAGCAGGGGAUCACUCGCUUGCGAUUUAUACAGAUUGUUUAGAGCACAAAGAACUGUGAGGCUCAGCCAAAAAGCUCUGGUCCACUUUGAAAGGAAUCUUAACACCUACAUCCUGAAAGUCAGGUCCUUCUGUGAAUCGAAACCCUGAAAUAUUGUUGUGUGAAGAGGAAGGUGAGAUUUAGCCAACAGCAUUGAAAAGGUGCUCGACCCUCCCUAUGCAGGCUCCCUAAAGUGUGACCUGGAGUUGAGGCUCUCGGGGGCACUGGGCUUUGCAUGUCUUGGGGGUGAGUGGACUGACCCGUGCCUAACUCCACAUUUCUCUCUUCUGAGACCCUGCACCCUUGCUGCAUACCAACAAAUGAUCACACAAGUGUCUUGGUUGACUUUACAAUUUUUUUAUAUUUUACAGUUGCCUUAUAAAAUGAAAGAAAACCACAAAUUAGACCUUAAUUUUCUUUUUAAUGGGGAAAGGGCUUUGUUCCAUAGUUUCUUAUGAUCUUAAUUCAAGGUAUAUUUCUGCCACUUAAAUAUUUUUAAUGUCCUGAAAUACCUGAAAUGUUUCUUUCUGCCAAAUGCUGUCUGUAUUAAACUGAAGCCUCCAUUUUAGUUUCUCUGUCUGGAAAGGGUACUUGAUAGCCAGAGGGCAGCUGCAGCCAAAAAAGACAGGGUGUCCUAAAGAGGAGCAUGUUUCCUGUCACAGCACAUUGGUGGGUACUUCACACCCAGGGGUCCUCUGGGAAGUUUCCAAGCCCAGGCUCUACAGGGAAAUGCUUGUUCAUUUGGUGGCAGCUGUUGAUUUAAAGUAAGACACACUGGUGCCAGAAGUGACAAGAAAUGUCAUUAGAUGCAGUAAACAUCUUGUGCCUACUAAGUAAAUCACCUUCCAGUGUAAGCCCAAAUUCAUAGGCUUCUGUUAUGAUGGGAUGUAUUUCUCAGCAUUGGUAUUCACAUCCGGUUAUGUCUCGUUCAUAUGAAGAAAAAUGUCUAAGUUAUGCGGUUAUAUUCUGAAACUCAAGCUAUUUGGAAAUCCCUCAAAUUGGUGCUUUCAUUAUUUAAUGAUACAUUUAGGCAAAACCCCAAACAAACCAUUUGGAACGUGACUCUGGGUUACAAUUUGUAGCAAUGUUAUUUUUCUCAUUUGAGAAGGCCAAGUGUCAGUGUUAAUCUGAAUUUCCUGUAUGAACCCAUGCACCCUACCUGUAAAACCCAGUUAAAUAUUUGUAACAAAUUCCCAAAUAAACCUAGAGAAAGCCGA